UUAUGAUAAAAUAAUUUAAAUUACAAGCCAGCACAGGGGUGUCCAAAAAGCGGGCCAGGGGCCAUUUUCGGCCCGCCGCUAGUUUGUUGGCCCUCAACAUUUUCUAAAAAUGUAAUUCCUUCAUUAUGAAUGAGCUAAACCUUAGAUUCAACACUUAAAAGGAGUUUAGCAUACACUCAAUUAGUUUGUGGCAUGCCUGCAGAAGAGUAGUCUCACACACACACACACGAACGAAGGGGCGGAGCAUGCUGCAGUGAGUGUCCAUCACAACAAAGCACACACAGUUUGAGGCUUACAUUUGUGUCCCUCUCAUGAGUUGUGAGUCCAGGCUUGGGACGGAGAGGAGAGCAGAGGAGAGGAGAGGAGGAGCAUGUUUGUGUGCAGAAGAUGCUGGAGUGCGCUCGCAGGGUCCUGAGUUCCAAAGUGGUGAAGGAGGAUGAGGCUGUGUAACCGAGGGAUGAUGAUGCUGAUGACCACGGCGGGGGCUUUCUGCGCCUUCAGCCUCAUGACCAUCGCCGUGGGCACCGACUACUGGCUGUACUCGCGCGGCAUGUGUCGCUCCAAGAACCUGGGGGACAAUGAGACGGUCCGGAAGAACGAGGAGGUUCUGACCCACUCGGGCUUGUGGAGGACCUGCUGCACGGAAGGAACAUUCCGAGGCGUUUGCAAGGACAUAGAUCAUUUUGCAGAGGAUGCAGAUUACGAGCAGGAUGCUGCAGAAUAUUUGCUACGCGCCGUGCGAGCAUCCAGCCUCUUCCCCAUCCUCAGCGUGGGCUUGCUGUUCCUCGGGGGCGUGUGCGUGGCGGCCAGCGAGUUCUACAAGUCCCGCCACAACGUCAUCCUGACGGCAGGCAUCCUCUUCGUCUCGGCAGGUCUCAGCAACAUCAUCGGCAUCAUCGUGUACAUAUCGGCCAACUCGGGCGACCCCAGCCAGAGCGACAACAAGAAGAGCUACUCCUACGGCUGGUCCUUCUACUUCGGGGCGCUGUCCUUCGUGCUGGCGGAGAUGGUGGGCGUCCUGGCGGUGCAUGUCUUCAUCGAGAAGCACCGGCAGCUGCGCACCAAAGGCCGGCCCUCCCUCAUCAAGCCGGCGCUUCCCCGCAGCUCAUCGCAGUACCGCAAGCGCUAUUACCAUGGCCGGCCCCGCGGGUACAGCAACCGGAGCGACCACAGCACGGCCGAGUCCGCCUCCAACUCCCUCCGGGCGUCCCUGGUGCGGGAGAACUCGCUCUCCAAGGUGCUGGCCCCGCCCAGUUUGCCCACAACGUUGACGGGGAGCUCGGACUUUGUGUUGUACGCGCUGGCCUCGCCUCCGAAGGACGGUAAUGUUGACAUGUUGGACGGUUUAGCCGCUGACGACACCGGGAACUGUGCCGCAAGCAGGAGAACCACUCCGGUCUGAGAACUGAAAGAAGUCCAAAUACUCCAUGGCGACUUCAAUACGACUUGUAGACCAAAAGAUAAAAGAACAUUUUGACAUCCAGUAGAGUUUUUUUUCCAAAAUGAGAGAGAAGCAGAGUGAAGCUGCUGGUCCUCCACAUGGAGGACUUGGUUCAGGCAUCUGGUCAGGAUGCUCCUCCAACGCCUCUAGGCUACCUCAAGUUUGAUCCUUUAAAAUAAAUUGUUUUUUUGUAAAUAAGUAGUUUUUCCCCGUUUAUGUCCCUAUAUCAACUAGAGCUCUGUCUGUUUUUUUAUGGUUUAUGCCCUUUUUUUGGCAGCACAGUGGAACAGGGGUUAGUGCACAUGCCUCACAAUAUGAAGGUCUGAGUAGUCCUGGGUUCGAUCCUGGGCUCGGGAUCUUUCUGCGUGGAGUUUGCAUGUUUUCCCCGUGACUGCGUGGGUUCCCUCCAGGUACUCUGGCUUCCUCCCACCUCCAAAGACAUGCACCUGGGGAUAGGCUCCUCCCACCUCCAAAGACAUGCACCUGGGGAUAGGCUCCUCCCACCUCCAAAGACAUGCACCUGGGGAUAGGCUCCUCCCACCUCCAAAGACAUGCAUCUGGGGAUAGGCUCCUCCCACAUCCAAAGACAUGCACCUGGGGAUAGGCUCCUCCCACCUCCAAGGACAUGCACCUGGGGAUAGGCCCUCCCACCUCCAAAGACAUACACCUGGGGAUAGGUUGAUUGGCAACACUAAAUGGUCCCUAGUGUGUGAAUGUUGUCUGUCUAACUGUGUUGGCCCUGCGAUGAGGUGGCGACUUGUCCAGGGUGUACCCCGCCUUCUGCCCAGAUGCAGCUGAGAUAGGCUCCAGCACCCCCCACGGCCCCAAAAGGGACAAGCUGUAGAAAAUGAA